AAAUUGACCAAUCAGUGUGCGCGAGAGCUAGAAAACAGGAAGUAACGAACGUAAGGCUACAAACACGAACGACAAAGCUAACGCUCAGCUAACAAUCUAACACAUUUUUGUCAAUCGUCGAAAACACAGAGGGAAUAUGGUUUGUGAAAAGUGCGAGAAGAAACUGGGUAAAGUCAUCACACCUGACACCUGGAAGGAUGGAGCACGGAAUACGACAGAGGGAGGCGGACGUAAGCUGAAUGAAAACAAGAUGCUUACUUCAAAGAAAGCCAGAUUUGAUCCCUACAGCAAGACAGGAUUUGCUAUCUGCAGGAUCUGCAAAAGCUCAGUUCAUCAGCCUGGAUCACACUACUGUCAGGGCUGUGCAUACAAGAAAGGAAUCUGUGCAAUGUGUGGAAAGAAGGUUUUGGACACCAAGAACUACAAACAGACGUCAGUGUGAUGACAGCAUGACAGCCAGAGAGGAAGAACGUGAGGAUGGGACAGAUGUAUAUGUUGUCAUCUUGUCACAUUUUUCAGAUUCAGAAUCCUUUAUUGUUCCCAUAGGGAUCAAUUUUUACUAUUCUUUUCAACUUGUCCUGUUAUAGACAGCUACAUGAAAGAGAGACUUUUGGAGGAGGUUUUAUUACAGAACACCACUCAAUGCUGCUGUAAUUAUUACAGUGGCCAUAAAUCUGGAAGCACCAGUUAUCACUUGUUCCUCAUGUCAAGUCCACAAGACUUUUUGUAUAUUUUAAUUCUUUGACCCUGAUUAUUUUGCUUUAAAAACUGUCUGUAAUAUAUCUUAUUUUGUUUUGAGUGAAUAAACCCAAUCAAUAUGA